CACACACACACACACACACAUACACACAUCUGCUUUAACAUUACAACAUUUGCAGUUCACAUAAUUUUUAUGCGACGAUUGUUGUAGAUGUCGACUCUUUGGUAGAUGAUUCUGUAUUAAUAUUAAAUAUAAGAGAGUUUUAAAGCUCCUGUCAGACUCACAGAAUAUUCACACGCCUCAUAUAUUAAUGGAUUACAGGAAAUGUAAUAUAAAUAUGACAAUAUGACAUGCUUUCAUAAUUCAGAUGAUUUCUGUCACAGUUUGGAUCUUGCUGUGACUGAAGCGGUCUUUAGGAACAUCUUCAUUAACACACAAAGAAGCUUCUGUUUGUUGUUUGAGCUCAUCGGUUCUUCUUGUUGGCGUUCAAGCGUCCAUAUGUGAGAGGUGUGGCUUUAAGAAACUCUCUGUCAUGUGGUCAGCCGGUGCUGCUGUCAAUCAUCUUCUGACCCCACCCACAUCCCCUUCUACUAUGAGCAGUAUCUCACUGGCCAAUGAGAGCCAGAGUUUUGAGGAAGGGGUCGGGGCUAUCGUUUCUUGUCCAUCAUUACCUGACCACGCCCCCGAUGGCACCCCGCCUCUGGCUCCUCCCCUCCCUCCGCCCCUGCCUGAGGGAAACCUUGUGGAGAAGAAGAGGAGGGUGAAGAGUUUCUACUGGAAACCGAUUCCUGAGGAUCGUGUGAAGCAGCAGGACGGGCCGAACCUGUGGAGCCUCGGCCAGAGCAGCAGGGAUCCACUCCACAUCGACAUCAGGGCCAUCGAGGAGCUGUUCGGACACGAGGACACACCGUCAGCCACCACGACCAGCGCCACGAUCGGACGAAGACGCGCUUCAGUGAAAGAUCUCAGACCGCAGAUCACCAUCCUGGGCUCCAGGAGAAGCUUGAAUAUCUCCAUUUUUCUGAAACACUUCAAAAAGUCCAGUGAGAGUCUUCUGGAUGAUAUUCUUCUUGGAAACACGGGUGUCUUCAGUGUGGAGUCUCUCAGAGAGCUGCUGAAGCUCCUGCCGGAGGAGGACGAGGUGAAGAAUCUUCAGAUGUUCAGUGGGAACCCUAAAGACCUGGCGCCGCCUGAUGCCUUCAUACACCAGCUCGUCCGUUUACCCAGGUAUGAAGUCCGUCUCGAGGCUCUGCUGUUAAAGGAAGAGUUUUUCCCUUCAUACACCGUCAUGAAACAGGACAUGACCGUCAUCCUGAGCGCCAUUAAAGAGCUGUUGAGCUGUGAGGAGCUUCACAAUGUCCUUCAUUUAGUGCUGCAGGCUGGAAACAUCAUGAAUGCUGGUGGCUCUGCUGGUAAUGCUGUGGGCUUCAAACUCUCCUCUCUGCCUUUAUUGGCUGAUACUAAAGCCAACAAACCUGGAAUCAACCUGCUGCACUUUGUCGCUCUGGAAGCUCAGAAGAAAGAUCUGCUCAUGUUUCCUGAGAAACUUCAGCAUGUUCAGCAGGCAGCGCGAGUGUGUGUUGACAGCAUUCAUGAUGAGUUUGAGGCUAUGACGAGAAGAGUUCAUCAGUUACAGCAGAACAUCCACACAGAUGAUGAGCUCCUGCUGCAGCUGCAGUCCUUCCUACAGAGCGCCGCUGGAGCUCUGGAGGAUUUGAGGAUCAGUAUUGAUGAGGUUCAGAGGGAAGGAGACGCUCUGAUCGAUUACUUCUGUGAGGACAGAGACGUGUUUAAACUGGACGAGUGCUUCAAAAUUUUCCAGAAUUUCUGCUCCAAAUUCAAGAAAGCAGUUCAGGAGAACAAGGAGCGAGGAAUGUGGGAGGAGUCUCGGCGCAAGGGUCUGAAGGAGUCAGAAGACAAGCAGUACUCAUGGGCGGGGCAUGAGGGUGUGGGCGGAGUCUCCGAUUUGCGAUCCAAUAGUGAAGUAGAUGUGUUAAAGAGGGAGGGGCAUAUGAAGCUGCUUGAGACAAGCCCUCAAAGUCUGCAUUGCUCACCACAACUGAAGAGCGUGACCCUUGACCCCUGUGAGUCAGAUACACUCAUACUUCCUCCAAUACACUCGCUGUCCAUCACAAAUGCGACAGAGGAGCCAGAGAUCCAAAAUAAGACUCUUUCCAUACAGGAAUCGCAGAACAACGACCUUCAAACACAAAGUCAGGAAACUUUGGGAAAUAAAGAAGUGACUCCAAACACGACCUUUGACCCUUCACAAAUAAGUUUUGUGGUAGAACCAGAGGUUAUUAAUGACAAAUCAGAGGGAAAAACUAAAGAUAAUGUCCAGCCUACGAAAGAGCUGCUCAAAACCACCGCUGGAGUGAAACAAACAAUCAGCAAACGAACCUUAAGCUCUAAAAACAGAGCACCUCUUUCUGCGAAAUCGCCUUCAUCUUCCACCAAAGCACCCUCAUCAUCAUCAUCAUCUCUUAAAUGUGUGAGCUCCUCUGAAACUGCGAGUUUGAGGAAGCUUGUUCCUCUCCGGCAGCCCAGUAGUUCUGUAAGGAUUCAGGUGCGACCCGGUGGAAGCAUCCCCAAUGUCGCAAAGAAGACGCCAGCGGUUCGACCAGAAGAGAAGAUGUGUCGCGCUACACUCCGCGCCCUCGACCCUCCCAGUCCUCAAAGCUCUGCGCGCAAUUCCACGAUCAAACCACCCAGCUUCACUCGCAACACUGUGGCGUCAACGACACGACACACCACCGCUCCUGGAAACCAGUCUAAAGCGCCUCCGCUGACCCGCGCUGCGUCGCUCAGGCUCUCUCAGGUCCUCAAGCCGGAGCAGACGCCUGCAGAAAGUGUUCGCCCGUUGCCCCCUGCUGGACAUCUGAGGAAGAGCAGCAGCACUGCCUCUCAAAGCUCAGUGUUUACUCGUGGGUCACGUGAUAAAAAUGUCAAACCCACGUGGAGGUAGAGAGAAAGUUAUGCUAGUACUGUUCAAAAGUUUGGGGUUUCUAAAUGUUUUUGAAAGAAUUCUCUUCUGCUCAACAAGGCUGAAUUUAUAUGAUCAGUAAAAUCAGUGAAAUAUUUUUAGAAUGUAAAACAGCUGUUUUCUAUGUGAAUAUCUGUUAAAGUGUAAUUUAUUUCUGUGAUGCACAGCUGUAUUUCAGCAUCAUUACUCCAGUCUUCAGUGUCACAUG